AUGGACAUGGAUUUCUCCUCGGAGCGGCUGAACGGCAGAGGGCCCAGCAGCAGGCACAAGGUUUCCCCAGGGCUGGAGUCCUUCAAGAGGAUUGGCAUCCCUGUCCUGGCAGCCGUGCUCAGCAUCGCCUGCCUGGUUGCAGUCGGGUUCCUGGUCAAGGUUUACCUGGACUCUCACUACUUCUUCUGCAAGCAGCCCCUGAAGCUGGUGCCCCUGCAGCAGCUGUGUGACGGGCAGGUGGACUGUCUGCAGGGCGAGGAUGAGGCCAACUGUCCCCAGUGGGUCCCUGAGGCGCCACCAGCUGCUGCCCGUGUUUCCAGAGACAGAUCCAUCCUGCAGGUGCUUAACAGAAACACUAGAGUCUGGUCCAGCAUCUGCCAUGACCACUUCAACCUGGUGCUGGCAAAAGCAGCCUGCGAACAAAUGGGCUACAGGAGCACCCCUGCUUUCUGGCCAACAGAGGUGGGCACAGGGCAGCCCCUGCCUCCCCGCGAGGUUGUGCUGAGCAACGGCAGCCUCCAGAUGCUGGAACCGGGCAGGAAAUGCCUCUCUGGACAGGUUGUUUCGCUCUUAUGUUCCACAGCCUGCGGGGAGAGCACCAGGACCUCGCGGGUGCUGGGGGGCAGCCCGGCCGCCAUCGAGGCCUGGCCCUGGCAGGUCAGCCUGCAGUACCGGCGGGAGCACGUCUGCGCCGGCAGCAUCAUCGACCCGCUCUGGGUGCUGACGGCCGCCCACUGCUUCAAGAACAACCCCGUGGUGCAGAGCUGGCGGGUGAAGGCCGGCUCCAGCCUCCUCUCGGGCAGCGCCGCCCUGGCUGUGGAGAAGAUCUUCGUGGCUGAGGAGAUGCAGGCGUCUCCCAGGGACAACGACAUCGCCCUGGUGAAGCUGCGGUCUCCCCUGCGCGUCUCAGACAGCAGCAAGCCCAUCUGCCUGCCCUAUUUCGAUGAGGAGCUGGUGCCUGGCACACCCCUGUGGGUGAUCGGCUGGGGCUACACAGAGGAGCACGGCAAGCUGUCCGAGACCCUGCAGCAGGCAGAGGUGGAACUCAUCGACAAGGAGAGCUGCAACCUGGCUGCCUACCACGGCGAGGUCACCCAGAAGAUGCUGUGCGCUGGCCUGCCCCAAGGCGGGGUGGACACCUGCCAGGGGGACAGCGGCGGGCCCCUGAUGUACUCGGGCGAGCGCUGGCAGGUGGUGGGCAUCGUCAGCUGGGGACAGGGCUGCGGGACCCCCAGCACACCCGGUGUCUACACCAGUGUUCGUGCCUACCUCAACUGGAUCUCAGCUAUCCGGAGGUCAGAGCUCUGA